CUAAUAAGUAAUAAAUAAAUAAGGUUUAUUUUGUAAAUAUAUAUAUAUAUAUAAAUAUAUUUUUUUAAAAAAAGUAUUAAUACGCGGGUCGCGGGUUGCGGUUCGGGUAGGGUCAGAACCGCAACCCGGCCAGAACCCGAACCCGAUUUUUGGCAGAAUAUUUGACCCGCACCCGCCCACCUACCUACAUCGAAGCUGCCCAAAAGGGUGCGGGUAGGGUAGGGUCGGGCGGUUUGUGCCGGUGGGUGGGUUCUAUGCCCAGCCCUAUCAUCAUGCAUAGGCCAGUACUGAGUUAAUUGUGUGUCAACCAGAGUUUUAAAAGGCUGACAGAGUUUUAUGAAAUGUUGCACCGGUUGUGUGUCACGGUGAGGCAGGUCACGGAAGAGACUGCUGGGGUUGUGGAGCGUUGGUUUGAGUUUGAAAGGGCUGCAGAGGUUGGGGAGGUGAAUUGGGAUGUGGGUAAGGUGAGGGAAGAGGUUGUGAAGGGAGGAGGGGGUGGCAUGGACAAGGGUGGCUCGGAAAUGGGAAUUGGAGAGUUACGAGGAUGCAAAUGGAUGAAAUGGGUGUGUGCCUAUCGUGUGGAGAGAAGCUUGUUAGCAUUGAUAUUGAUCCUAAAGAGACUGAAAACUUCACUGCUUCAUUGACCAAUUUGGUACGCCAAAGAGAGGUUGAGGCUGAUUUUAUGCAGUUUCAGGGGUGGGGUUUGAGACAGCAGUCUGCUACUAAUGGCUGCCAAGUUAUAGAUGGUGCAAAUGUGGGGCUUAUUAAUAGGCAUAAUUUCAACUUUUCCCAGCUUAAUUCUAUUGUAAAUCAGUUACAUCAAAUGAGGCCGUCAAAGAGAUUACUACUUCUUGUUUUGCAUAAAAGUCAUGUUACUGGUGGUCCAGCGCAGAGUCAUAACAACAAGAAGCUGUUAGAGAAUUGGAAAAGGUCUGGUGCACUUUAUGCUACUCCUGCCGGUUCAAAUGAUGAUUGGAGAUGAAGAGUCGGUGUGAUGAGAAAAUGUCCGACUUUAUCUUUUCUAAGACUAGAACAGUCUCUACAAAUAGUAAAUUUAUUCAUAUGGUGCUAGCGGUCACUUAAUUAAUUUGUGUUUUCAUUUUUCAAGUCA